AGAAUUGCCAAUGCCGAAAUAUUUUAGACAUUCCGAUAAAGAAGAGGCUUCAUCGAUUGUGAGUAGUUGUUUUGCGGAUAGGCAAAUCAAGUACCAAGAGAAUAGGGAAAUCAACAAGAAGCCAAAAAGUUCUGCUCCCGUAACCGAGUUUGUGUCAGAGGGAUUACACAGGCGCCAUUCGCUACUUGCAUAGGAACGUUCCUGACGUUUGAUUUUCUUAUUAAUCAUUCACAUUCCUCAAAAAUUUAGUGACACACUUGUGUAUACGAACGGAUUUGCAUCGCCAUCAAAUUGCUCGUUAUUUAAAGUGGUGUUCCCCAUGGAUGUGCAUCUGGUAGAUUUUACUUAUCCUUUCAAGCAGAAAAUCUAUCAACUGACAGUUUGUACAGAGUGAAACAGCACUUCAUCUACAAUUUCCAGGCUGACAACAUUUAGCAUGGAUUGGCUAACACUUAGUGGUGGUAUCCCAUGUUUGUCUCUUAUUCCGCUGGGAACAUUUCAUAAUAACAAAUACUACAUCAGUGAUGAAUGUUUACUUCACCUUGAAGAAAUCAUUGCCAAGUUAAACAGCGAAGACCAAACAACUCGUCCACUUCGACGAGCUCUCGGCUUCAUGGACAUUCUAAAUAAGGAUCUGAUCCCUAUCCUGAUCAACAGUAAGGAUCAGCCUAGCGUCUUUCGUUCGACAAUCAAGUUGUUGGUUGGGCUUACUGUGCCCGUCGAGUGUCUGGUCUGCGUGGAGACAUCGAACCAGAGCCCGUCAUCACAGCACAUUGUUCACGAGCUGACCCAGCUUCUUUACAAUGCCAAAGAAGCUUUUCUGGAUCCUAGGGCUACCCGAGCCGUGUUGGAUCACCUUCACCGUCUCCUGGAGAAGCAACAACCUUUGUCGAGCGAUGACAGCGAGUCGGUAAAUCACUGUCUGUUGCUGAUUCGCAAUAUUCUUCACGCUCCAGAACGACCUCCAAACAUGGUGGAAGUCGUGGAUAAUGGGACAACGGCAUCUGUGGCACAACCUGGCACGAGCAAUUCGCAGACACCGUACUUGGGUCCGCACUCGCACAGCCAUGGUUACACAGCCGAUUGUUCCCAGCAAAAUCGACUGCUUUGGAACCUUUUUUCGCAAGGACUUGAUCGGAUGCUCAUCAAUUUACUGGCCUGUUCACAGAAGGACGAAUGGGUGGUGACGAUUGUGCAGUUGAUUGCUCUCUUCUAUAAAGAUCAACACGUUGAGAACAUGCAGAAAUUGCUGGGCACGUGGAUUAACGCCACCACGUCCGAAUCAUCCGAGGACGACGACGAGAGCAACACUUCGCCUCCAAUUGGUCCGUGCAAUAGUCCACAAAUCCUAACGUCGUCGUCAGAUCCGACAUCCGAUUCUUCUGAUUCGGCACAGAGAAAAGCUUCCGGAAUGUCUCCUCCAGACGAGAACUCUGAAGCUGUUACUAACGAAUCACAAGGAGAAACUAUGACGACAGUCGAAAAGAAAACUGUUGUGUCCAACACGACAUCGAACACGAACCCAGUGACGGGAAAGCCGAGUCGGAAUAAAGGUCACAAGUUUUCAACACUUUCUGGUGGUCCGGGAGGAGAUACUGCUAGUACAUCCAGCACAGCUCCUUCACAAUACAGCAGCCAGUCAGAUAAAUCCCGACGAUCUAGCCAACAUAGCGCUUCGAGUGGCUUUCACUCUGAGAAUUCGGGAACUCAUCAUGCCAGCCAAAACAACAAGGAAUCGGAUGAUCAUAAAGAAAAAUCAUCCAAACGUCGCUGUCAUGGCAAUUCACAGAAUUCUGACAGGCGGAAUGAAACUAUGAUUUCGACUUCAGUUCCUGUCAUAAUUAACGCAGAAGCAGCUAAUUCAAGUGGCAUUGCAAUUGCGAUGAACCAACAAACUGAAGAUAGUUCUACUAAGAGAAAUAACAAAGUGAAUCACAAAACUGGAAAAAUGCCACCUCCAGAGAAAGAACAGCGAAGAAAAAAGCUGAGCAAACGAAGCCGGACCAUUGGUCACAUCAAGUUAAAGGCCGUCCAAUACAGUCCAACAGAGGAAGAUAUUUCACAACUGUUGAAGGAGUUCACCGUCGAUUUUCUGCUCAAUGGUUACAACGCCCUGGUGGGUCAACUACAUCAACAGUUAUUGCUGCAAGACGAUCUUCCCUUGGACAAAUCUCACUUUCUCUGGCUCAUCACCUACUUUUUGCGAUUUGCUUCCCAAUUGGAGCUGGAUAUGGAACAUUUCAAAGAUGUCUUCACUAUUGAUCUUUUAAGUUACCUGACAUGGGAGGCCGUCCGUGAAACUGAAGAGUUUGAAAUGAACUCACUACGACCGUCGAUAGACCUGAAACCGUGUUUGCGUCGGUUACACCUGGGUGUUACGGCCAUCCGUGAAUUCCUUCAGGCAUUGGAAACGUAUUCACGUCUUGGAGGCUCGCAGACCGGUGGCAAAGGCCAGACGCAAGGCUACGAAGAAAGAAUUGUUCAGUUGCGUGGUUACCUACCUGCCAUUCGCGACCUUCGACAACUCUUUUUGCUGCAACUACGCCAUUUCAAUCCAAUAAUUCAAAGUCGGCGUUAUCUUCGUGAUGUCAUCACAGCUAACCAUGUCUUAUUACUCACACUCGAAAGAGCUGCUCAGCAAUCAUCGUAUGGUCAGAGUUUUGAUCUUCGUCAACAUUUAAAUCAGUUUUGUUCGAGAACGAUAUUGACCCGCUAUGGCCUCGCUCUUGAGGAUUUCAAAACGAAUGGUCCGUUUGUCAACGACUGCAUUCUCACUGUAUUGCAUCAUAUCGGAGCCGAUCUUGGCAGAGCUGAUCUCUUGUGCGAACCAGUUAUUUUACGUUCAUUCAGUAAAAUUUGGGAAGAAGAAUUCAACAUGUGCGAUGAUUGGGACGACCUGAUUGAAUACGUUGUGCAAAAGUUUUUGCGCAACUUCCAAACGGGAGGAUGUUACGACGCCGGGUCACCUCAAAGAAGCGUGAGUGGAUCGCCCGAUCAAGAUGGUUCGCCAUCAGCCGAAUCAGAACAACAGCCUAUUGAUCCCGAACAAACUGCUGGUGACGAUGACAUUUUUUACGAAGUACCAAAAUCGGAUAUCGAAUCACUCAGGGGUCAGCUUAUGGAUUCUGGUUUCCAAAAACAGAUGGAUUGGGUACAGUCUUCUCUGUUGAUAUCAUGUUCAGCUCGUUUGGGUACCUAUAUCGGCCAGGAAUUCCGCAACCCCAUAGCUAGCUUGAGUCUGAAAAUGAACGUUUCAUGUCCGAUCGUCCCUUGGACGGAAAUAGAAGCCUCCGCCCUACGCUCAGAUCUCUUCCUUAUUCUACUGCAUCGGUUGGGUCUCCUUCCUCCUGCCCCCCAAACGGGUCUCUAUCCUCGCAUUCCACGAGAAUGGUCAUCUGAUACUCUUUACAGCGUUGCGCUUUCCUUCGGACCAGUCGAACAACAAAAAGUAGACUUUGACUUGGCCCUGGUCAGCAAAGUCGAAUUACCCAUUCCCAAUUCGCUGGCUGAUAUGCCCGAAGAUGGUUUAUUGCCAUUGACUUGGCAACCGUAUCUGGGACCCGGUCCGUCUACGUCUCUCUCAGCGGUGCCCCAUCACUGGCUGCACUGGGUAGAGCAAUCUGGCUCACUAUUUCGUUCGGCAGAGAUUACGAGCCAUGGUCACAACAGUAGCCAUAGCAUCAGUAAUCACAGCCAUCGUCCAUUGGACAGCAUCAGCACGACAAGCUCGUUGGAAGUCCACAAAACGGACUCGAGUGACGAUGAAGAAAUGGAAGACGCCAUUAUAAGUGCGUCCGGCAAUGCAUUGGUUAACAUGAACGCGCCUACAUCAUCGAAUGAAUCGGUUUCCAUGGAAGAAAUCCGUCCCGAUUGGACAGCGAUGCAAAUGAAUAUUGGUGGGGAUACAAGUUGCAGUGAGGAACCAUUCGAAAUGGUACCUGUUGGAAAUCAAACCUCCGCCACGUCCCGUGAGGACCGUGUUUAAAAAACAAAAAGAAUUCAUAUAUCAUGUGUUUUAAUAAUAAUCGAAUUGUAUGUUGGGAUUCAGUUUGAAUGGGAUUCAGUUUGAAUUAACCGUUUUCACAUUGCGUUUCAGACAGGGCAGGGUUUUACACCGUUUUCUAGUGAUACCUCAGUUGUAUUAGUUUAGUAAUUAUUUUUCUCUCUUGCUCAGUCAUUUUUUAAAUCAUUUUAGUUGAAGUAUACCUUGUUUUUGAAGUUUUUUUUUUUCGUAACGGACCUCAACAUAAAAUAGAGCAGUAUUUGGAAACCCCUCCAUAUGCUUAUAUUUGUUGAUGUAUAAAAAAAAAAUUUAUUUACGCGUCGCUGUUCGACGAGGUAAGGUUUGAGCAAACGACAGGCCGUGAUUUAUUAUUAAUUGUGAUGUAUCAGAUGGAAAAAAGAACUAUUAUUCCAUACUCUACAAAACUAAUCAGCCAUAUGAAUUCAAUUGGGUCGCCUAUAUAAUCGCAUAUGUAUUCUAAUGACCCAGCAUAUCUAAUAUUAUACAUGUGGUUUCUGUGAUCAGAGAUGAAUGAUGAGCGUCAAUGUCAUGACGUCCUCAUUCAAUCUACUCGUUUGCCGAAAUCUAUUAAACUAUACAUGUUUAUCAUCCGGAAGAAUAAAUGUGCAUCAUAUCAA